AAAAAACUAUGGUUUUAAUACAGCAUGAACAAUUUGUCUGCCUAGGUGUUAACAAAUCCAUAUUUAUUUUAGUUAUCUUAAUUUGUUCUGCUUAUCAUUCUGGUACUUUCAUUAAGGCACAAUCUUAUGACUAUUCUCGAAAAGCUUCUUCAUUCAAAACCAAUUUCAUGGAAUCAUCAAAGUAUUGUUCAAAUAUUUAUAAUAUAUCAUUAGUUGAUAUACUGCCUUUGUUUGCGAGAAGUGAUAUUGGCAGCAUGCAAGCUAAGUGUUUUCUACUUUGCCUCUUGCAGAGAUAUCAGAUGAUAGAUAAAGGUGGUGCUUUUCAUAAAGAUAGAGUGGACAGAUUUCUGAAUUCAAUGCCUGAUUCUAAGUUCAAAUCUUCUUUGAAAUCAUUUAAAGAUAAGUGCCUUAAAGAAGAUUCUCAAAACCAAUGCCAAAAAGCUUACAAAUUCUCAGCCUGCUUUUACAACAACAGUGUUGAUAAGAAACAAGGACAUUAAGAUAUGUGUCAAUGGAUUGGAAAAAGUAAUGAUUAUUAUACAUGAAGCGAUAGCGACAAAAUGUUUCUUGACCUAACCUUAAAAAAUAAAAAUGAAUUUCCAUUUUGAA